AUGCUACGCCAAGCAGGGUAUGCAGUGGUGGAAAAGUGGGAAAGUGAUUUCAAAAAAGAAAAGAAAACCAACCCAGAGUUACAAGCCUUUCUCCAAGAGUUGGAAAUGGUGUCUCCCCUCAAUCCACGUGAUGCCUUCUAUGGAGGAAGGACGGGUGCUGUGGCGUUACAUUGUAAAGUAGAAGACCCCGAUCUCAUUAAAUAUGCAGAUGUGACGUCACUGUACCCAUGGGUCAACAAGUACAUGGAGUACCCUGUCAGAUUCCCUCUCACCUAUACGAAUCCAAGGGAUCAAGACAUCAACCAUUAUUUUGGUGUCGCCAAAGUCGACAUCUUGGCGCCCGAGUGUUUGUUACACCCUGUUCUCCCCUUCAGAGCUGGUGGCAAGCUGACGUUCCCUCUCUGUGCUGCUUGUGUCAAAGAAGAGCAAGACAAACCAUGGUUAGAACGCACCAAUAUCUGUUCUCACAGUGAUCAAGAGAGAACACUAAGAGGAACCUGGGCCACCAUUGAACUUCAGAAAGCUGUCGAGUUAGGGUAUCGCCUUCUCAAAAUUCAUGAAGUGUUUCAUUUCCGCGAAAAGGAUCGAAAGGUGGGGCUCUUUGCGGAUUAUGUCAACACUUGGCUUAAAAUUAAGGAAGAAUCGGCGGGAUGGCCUGACGAGUUUACCACCCGAGAAGAGAAGGAAGCUUACAUUCAAGCCUACCAAGACAAGGGGGGGAUUAAGUUGGAACAUGUCGCUAAAAAUCCGGGCAGGAAACAAGAGGCGAAAAUGAUGCUGAACAGGUAAUGAAUGGUUAAAAAUACUGCACAUAACCACAUUAAAGAGCAGACAAAGUCUGCACAUAACAAACACCCUUUGGAAGAAAACAAUAGGCCACCGUGGGAAGUAAAAUUAGAAGAAAAUGUAUGGACAUGUUGCAGACAAAGUCUGCCUAUUAACAACCUAAAAUGCAGACAAAGUCUGCAAGCUAAGAGCCCCCAUUGAUUUGUUUUGUUGUUUUUCUCUUUGUCUCUCCCUUUUUCUAGCUUCUGGGGCAAAUUUGGUGAACGAAGCAGCAAGCCACAGACUCAUGUCAUCAGAAGUGCCCAUGCCCUCUAUGCUCUGCUGAAUGACCCCUCCUUCCAUAUCAGUAACAUCCGAAUCUGCUCAGAGGAUGUGUUAGAGGUCGUCACCACAAGGGCAGAAGAAGAAGUAUAA